ACCAUUUCUAUACACCUUUUGGUAACAUAUCUUCAAAGGAGCAGCAACAAGAACAAAAGAAUUCAUUCGUAGAUGACGAAACGCAUAAUUCCUUGAAAGAUGCAUUUUCAUUUUGUGUACUUAAAUAUCUUUCUACCUCGCUUUCAACCCCUUUCGAAACUGCAAAAACAUUGAUGCAAGUUCAAUAUAUACCAAACGAGGAUGUUGUUAAAAUUGAAAAUGAAAAUAAACCUUCUGAUACUCAAGGUUAUAUCAAAACUAAUAUUCAUGAUGACUCCACAAGACCAGAUUAUAUGAUAUCACCAUUAGAAAAUGGUUUACGAGAUAGUAUGAGUACUUUAAAAAAACAUCCAUAUGAAGGAUAUUCAUCUUUAUGGAAAGGACAAUUUGCAACUUGGUUGUAUGAAAUUGGAUAUCUUUAUUUUCAACCAAACCUUGAAGGCAAGUUAAAUGAGACCUUUGAUUUAUAUGAUGACACAAUUCCUUUAAUCUAUUUGGAUCAUGCUACACCAAAUGUCGUCACAAAAGUUGCUAGUCAUUUAAUGGUUGGUGUACUUUUAAGUCCUUUGGAAAUAGUUAGAACCAGAUUGAUUGUUCAAUCAUCAUCGCCAUCUCAUAAAAAAUAUAACGGAAUAUUUAAUUGUUUAAGUCAAAUUAUUAGAGAAGAAGGAUUUUCAUCAUUAUAUUGGUCACAUAAUUUAUUACCUUCAAUAGUAUACCACACAGUUGUACCAUUAUUGCAGUGCACAAGAGAUUUAUUCAUUGAACGUAUAUUUCAUAUCUCACCAACUGAGUCGCCGAUUUUAUUCGGGUUUGCACAAUUUGGUUUAUCAACUUUACAACUAAUAAUCACUUUACCGUUGGAAACUAUACGUAAACGUUUGCAAUGUCAAAUUAAAACACGUAAACCUGGUAGACCAUUUAAAACAAUUGUUCAAACACGUCAAGCUCAUUAUUUUGGCAUGUUGGACGCUACUUAUAGAAUUGUCUUGGAGGAAGGAAUUAGUCAAAAAUAUGUAUCUGAUAAUGAUGGCACAUCACAUCCAUCGCUUAAUAAACUUAAACGCAACAAACGUAGACAACGUGGUUGGUUAGAUAAUUAUGGGAUUGGUAAUUUAUAUCAAGGAUUUUAUAUGCAUUUAACUAUGAAUUUUGCUACUUUCUUAUUUCAAGUUGUAAAUGGAAAUGAAGACGAAUAUGAUGAUAUUUGA